ACACACACACACACACACACAGACAGACAGACAGACAGACAGACAGACAGACAGACAGACAGACAGCCCUGGGUUUCCAUGCUACAUUCUCUGGUUAUUUCCUGUAUUUCUUUUAAUAUUGUACAAGAAACUAUAAAGAUGUUUGUGGUUGGAGCUAAUAGACCAUGUGACCUGUAGAGAAUCUGAUUGGAUGGGAACUUUAAACAGCUCCUGGCCAUGUUGGCUGCUGACCAGUAAAGUUAAUUUCGUUCCACUCUGAUGUUUUCUAGUUGUACUUUACAAUAGUUCAACCAAUGGUUGCUGUUUUUAAUGUUUUUUAAUCUUUUUUUCAUGGUUUUUUUGCUCGAAGCCUGUGUUGUGCCUCGAAGUCUGUGUUGUUUUUACUGACAAUAAAGUUUCAGCGUAUUGAAUGCAGCCUGUUAAUCCGUGAGAUUAGCCCCUGUUAGCGGUUAGCAGAUUAGCUGUGUGCUGUUAAUCCGUCCCAUGCUGCAGCUGCUCUUCAUCAGUCAACAUGUUGGACACAAGGAACACGCUGCUGCUCUCAGCGCUGCUGGUUCUGUCGGUGUCGGUGUCGGCCUUCGUGGAGGAACUCGAUAAUACCUUCCUGAAGACUAAAGGAGACGAUGAAAUCUGGCUCAUCGAGUUUUACGCCCCCUGGUGUACGGUCUGUGAACAGCUGGAUCCCGUUUGGCAUCAGAUCGGAUCAGAAUUCAAAAGUCUCGGCUCGCCGGUCAACGUCGGCAAAACAGACGCCAUGGAGAACAGCGAUUUGUCUAAAGAGUUCAAGAUCCGAAAUAUUCCCACCAUCAUCAUGUGA